AAAAUAAUUAUGUUGUUUUUAUAUUUAAUAAUGAUUAUUUUAUUAUUAAUUUUAAUACUUAUAAUAUUAAAAAAGAGUGAAAAAAAAAAUUACCCGCCGGGUCCAAAAGGACUACCAAUAAUUGGCUCUUUAUUAAAUAUUGACGCAAAAGCGCCUUAUAAAAGUUUGACAAAAUUAUCUGAAAUAUAUGGACCGAUUUUUGGUAUGAGAAUGGGGUCAGUGUAUACUGUUGUUUUAUCAGACCCGAAAUUAAUACGUACUACUUUAGCGAAGGAUGAAUUUUCUGGAAGAGCACCGCUUUAUUUAACUCACGGUAUUAUGAAUGGUUACGGAUUAAUUUGUGCUGAAGGCGAACUUUGGAAAGAGCAGAGAAAAUUUGUAUCAGCAACUUUAAAAAACUUCGGAGCGGUUAAACACAGUGUAAAAAAAGAUAUUAUGGAAAAUAAUAUUAUAAAAUUAUCAAAUGAAGCUAUACGGGUCAUUGUAAAAAAAUUUUUUAAUUAUUAUUGUGUAAUUAAUUGUGAUAAUACUUAAAUUAGCCAUCGUUUCUAGUUUUUUUUUAAUUAAAUUGGAAAUUAAAUGACACAUCGUUGAAUAAUAAAAACGGAAUUGAUCCAUUAUCGAUUUUACAUCACUGUAUUGGCAAUGUUAUGAAUAAUUUAGUAUUUGGAACGGUAUACGACGAGGAUGAUGAAAUCUGGAAGUGGUUACGUGAUUUACAAGAAGAAGGAGUGAAACACAUCGGAGUUGCGGGGCCAUUGAAUUUCUUACCUUUUUUAAGAUAUUUACCUCAUUAUAAACAAAUCAUGAAGUCACUUGUUGAUGGUAAAUUGGAAACACACAAAUAUUACCAAAAAUUAAUUGAUCAGUAUAAAACAAAAAUUUUAAAUACCGAGGAUUACAAGAUCAACAGUGAAAAUUUUCUCGCGGCUUUUUAUGAUGAGAUGACCAGGAGACAGAAUAAUAAUAGUGUGGGUUCAUUUACUGAACAACAAUAUUAUCAUUUAUUAGCUGACCUUUUUGGUGCUGGUACAGAUACUACUUUAACUACAAUCCGGUGGUUUUUACUUUAUAUAGCCAUUUCACCAGAACAACAGAAAAAAAUUUAUGAAGAAAUGAAAACAGUCUUGGAUGAUAAAGAAGAAAUAACUUUAGAAAAUAGUUCUUCAUUGAUAUUUUUACAAGCUGCUAUUUGCGAGGUUCAGAGACUUAGAUCAGUUGUUCCUGUAGGAAUUCCACAUGGAGCGAUUAAAGAAACAAAAAUAGGAGACUAUGAUAUACCAAAAGGAGCAAUGAUUAUCCCGCUGCAAUGGGCAGUACAUAUGAAUCCUAUUUACUGGGACAACCCUGAGGAAUUCAUCCCUGAAAGAUUUAUUUUACCCGAUGGAUCUUUAAGUAAACCUCCUGCAUUUAUUCCUUUUCAAACUGGAAAACGAAUGUGUGUUGGAGAUGAACUCGCCAGGAUGGUCAUGUUUAUUUUUAUCGGAAAAAUUGUUAAAGAAUUUAAGAUUUCUAUUUCUAAUAAUGAAACUGUUGAUUUAGAUGGCCACUGUGGAAUAACUCUUGUUCCGAAGGAACAUAAACUUAUUUUCACACCUCGACGAUAA